AUGAAUCACAUGAGCUCCGAAUUCUAUGAUAUGGCCGGAGAUGCCAUCAAAGAGCAUACCGGAGGUCGGGAUAUCCAGAUUCUGAUCAUGACAUGUGCCGCUCUCAAUGCUGCUCGUGUACAGCUUCCAGCCAUCAUGAGCGCACUUUUAAACCAGGUAAAGCCGCAGGUCACUAGUUCAAUUACCAUCAGUGGUUAUGAUAGCGUACUUUGUGGCGGGCUGCUGACUCUAGCUCGCGAAAAGGCCGAAGAAAGCUGGGAGCUUCGACGUUUUCGUGGAGAGCAUCAGAUGCGUACGGUUACAGGACAGCUUUCACUUGUCGCUGGAAAGACAGAAGGCUCAUUCUGGCACAGGGGUAAGCAUUUUAUGCUUGAGAUUCAGCGCUCUGGCACUGCAGAAAAGUCAGAGCUUGACAAGUUGAACACUAAUGACUUUUUCACAAGCCUUCCCGAUCCUACGGGGUCCAUUACUGUUCGAUGCUGGGGACACAGUCGACAGCCCAUUACAGAGCUGUUUGAGUAUGUUCAAAAGCAGUUUUUGGAAAGCACAAAAUUGACUGUAGUCGAAAUGGGAGCGCAUGGAGACAAGGAGUCCCAGCGCAACAAGCGUCCUCUCUCCUCUAUCGAUCUUGAUCCGAAGAUGAUGCAAGAUAUUACCAAGGAAAUAGAAAUGUUUUUCCAUAAAGACUCCCAAACUUGGUAUGAGAACAGUGUUUGA